AUGGUUUUGAGAAAAUGCUCGGUCUGUUCGAGGGUCUUCAAAAAGACCGAACAUUAUAAGCGACACGAGCGCUCCCACACCAAAGAACGUCCAUAUGAAUGCAAUGUCUGCCACAAGCGCUUCUCUCGCAGUGAUGUGUUGAGUCGCCAUGCCAGAGGCCAUAAACAGACCCACACGACAGCCGGCCCAUCAGAGGGGCCGUAUUUGCAGCCAUCGGUGGUAGCUAGUUCUCCAGUCCCAGGUGUAAACAAUGCCUCCGUCGUCACAGGAGCACCAUGUCUUCCCGCGUCGUCUACGACCCCACGCGAAACACCUCUGGCAACCGGGUUACCGUCGUCGCUGGACUACCUGGCUAACAUAUCCGCCAACCAUGGCCGCAGCGAGACGGAAUCAAAUACGAUGGCAAUCGACGAGCCUCAGCCUUAUUAUGGCUGGAAUGAAGUGACACCCGCGGGUCACCCGCCUCGGGCUGGCUUGGCCUUCGACCCGGUGCCAAAAGACAUGCUUCAAAUGUGGCUCGAACCGCGCACCGAUACAGCGUCAAAUAAUUCGCUGGACCCAAUACAUGACAAUCAACUUCCUCUCAUCAGUGAUAAUUUUAUACUCACCCCAGAUCCGAGUCGGCGUUCAGUCGACAAUAAGCUCGACAGCGACAAUAUUCCCAACGAGCGCUUCUUCAAAGUUCAGCGGUGCUGGCUGGCACCGCCUAGCACUGGGCGUCUCAUCAAUAGCUUGUGGCGGGACAGUGCGAUGUCUUCGGUCGAUAAUAUUUUCUCCGUCCAGUCAUUGCACUUCGCCGAUGAUCCAAACGCGGGCCAAGGGUCGCGAUGUGGAUUUGAUGAGGAUUGCAGACGACGACUACAAGCAGGGUUCUCAGAUAACACACAACCUCCUCAAACCACCCCAAUAAUCCCUGCGGAUUGGAUCGCCUCGGCAUCCCAUUACUCCGAUUUCCCUCCCGCUGAGAUCUUUGACAUGUCAUUAGACCAUUACUUUCGGCUUUUCCAUCCACUUUUACCAUUCGUCCACGUUCCUACUUUCGCUGCAAACAAAACACGCCCAUCACUUCUCUAUGUCAUGACGCUCAUCGGAAUGACAUUGCUUGGCACUAAGGGAACUACCGCUUUCGUCUCCAGAAAUUUCGCUGCCGUUCUGGAGAAUGUUACGUCUGAGUUCUCGAGGUGCUCAUUGGGGCUCGACAAUUCCACUGGUACUGUGACCAUGCUUGCCACAGCUUUGUUAUUAUUGGAGCUGGCGGGAUUGACAGGGAAUGGGACAUAUCUCGGAAUGUGCCAGCCUCUUUAUAUCAACAUCAUGUCUGUAGCUCAACGGCACGGUCUUUUCUCGGUCACUGAGGGACAGAUUCUGGAUAUGACGCUCUUUGAAUCAGUCUCAAAUAUAGACAUGAGAUGGAAAGCAUGGAGCAAGGUUGAAAUAAUUACCGGACUUCUUCUUCUGGACUCAUGGUACUCCUCAUUUCUUUCAACAAGCCCUAUCGUACAUCCAGACUCGAUCCAAACCAUUCUCCCCUGCAGCGAAGAUCUUUUCCGCGCACACUCUUCCACUCGGUGGGCCCAGCUAAUCCGCAGCGGCAACCGCAUCCUUUCGCUGACAAUACGAGCACCAUCCGAGAAAGUCAACGUUCCAGCCCUCGAAGGGCCCCUCGAAGACUUCUGCAUCCAAGCAGUGUUGGCUAUUGUUCAUCUUCGCCAAUCCGAAGCCUAUCACCGCCUCCUCUCUAAUAGAGCCAGUUACCCUUUUGCACCUUGCCAUACAUACGCUAUGGACGGCCGUGCCAGAUGUCUUCCUUCACUCCAGUCUCAGCUCAUCACAGCCUAUGGCGAAAUUCUCGAUCAUCUCAAUUCAAAUACUCUCAUUGCCUGGCAUUAUAUGUGUAUGAUGCUCACGGCUGAUAUACAAAUAUUUGACUUGGCCGCUGGCCGCGCGGGCCCAACUCCCGCCCGGAAAGCCCUGGCAGAUAUCCGCGAGUGGUCGCAGACUCCUGCUGCUCGGCGUGCGUGCCUUCAUGCUGCGCUUAUAUACAAAGUCAUGACGAACCGGAAGACAUCUGAACAUCCUACAUUUCAGUCAAUAUUCUCGCUCUUCUCGGCUGGUCUGGUGUUAGGGCUGUAUACUUUUAUGGUCCCGGAAGCCACUAACAUUUCGUCCACCCUUGGGUCGAUAGAGUUGAUGGAUGAUGUUAAUUGGAGAUCGGUGGGAAUGGAAGGAUUCACGAGUUUCAUGGAGCCCGAUGGAAGCCAAGCGUUCUCACCUACCGAUAAUCCUGCCAUCAACUUCAUUCGUACUGGCGCUACUAUAUACCUACGAGGUCUGUCGUUCCAGGGUGGGUAUCAAUCUGCGCGUCGUGUUCUCCUCGACUACGCUUCUCUUCUCAAAGACUCUGGGAGAUGGACGGUCAACCAAUUUUCUCACAUUUUAUAUAUUAUGAGUGAUGUGCUUAUGGAUGUGGAAUGA